GGAGGUGCGGGUGGCGUUGCGGGCGCUGAGCGCGGAGCGGAGCGGAGCCCAGGUGUGCGGGACCGGGGGAGCGGUGCGGUGCGGAGCGGAGCGGUGCGGGGGCUCCGGUCCCGGGGCUGCCCCCCCCCGCAGGCUGGCCGCCGCCGCCGCCCGGAGGUUACUCAGCAAUAAUUAUGAACUCCCGAUUACGUGCUCUGGGUGGGAGAAUCAAUAACAUUCGAACCUCAGAGCUGCCGAAAGAGAAAACUCGGUCUGAGAUUGUCUGUAGAAUCCACUUCCUGGAUGGAUCUGUACAGAGCUUCAAAAUCAACAAACAAGACACUGGUCAAGUUCUGCUGGAUAUGGUCUACAACCAUUUAGCUGUAACAGAGAAAGAAUAUUUCGGUUUACAACAUGGCGAAGAUUCAUUAGAUUCCCCCAGAUGGCUAGAGUCAAGUAAACCAAUCAGGAAACAGCUUAAAGGAGGCUUCCCCUGUAUCCUGCAUUUCCGAGUGCGUUUUUUUAUUCCCGAUCCCAAUACACUGCAGCAGGAACAAACCAGGCAUUUGUAUUUUCUGCAACUGAAGCUGGAUAUCUGUGAAGGAAGGUUAACAUGCCCUCUUAACUCUGCAGUUGUUCUUGCCUCCUAUGCAGUUCAGUCUCAUCUUGGAGACUAUAACUCUUCUGUACAUCUUUCAGGAUAUCUUUCCAGUAGUCAUUUUAUUCCAGAACAGAAUAAGGACUUCGUUACUAAAGUAGAAUCACUACAUGAACAACACAGUGGUCUCAAGCAGUCAGAAGCCGAAUCCUGCUAUAUCAAUAUCGCCCGUACACUAGACUUUUAUGGAGUUGAAUUGCACAGUGGUAGAGAUCUACAUAAUUUAGACCUGAUGAUUGGAAUUGCUUCAGGCGGCAUCGCGGUGUACCGAAAAUUUAUUUGCACAAGUUUCUAUCCUUGGGUGAAUAUUCUAAAGAUCUCUUUCAAGAGGAAGAAGUUUUUUAUACAGCAACGGCAAAAACACAACGAGUCCAGGGAGCACAUAGUCGCCUUCAAUAUGCUAAAUUACAGAUCUUGCAAAAAUCUGUGGAAAUCUUGUGUGGAACAUCAUACGUUUUUCCAGAUAAAGAAAUCACUACCUCAUGAAAAGAAGAUCUUAACCCAUUACUGGACACUGGGCUCUAGAAAUCCAACCAAGUCCGUAAACAACCAGUACUGCAGGAAGGUGAUCGGUGGGAUGAUAUGGACCCCCACACUGAAGAGAUCUUUAUCAGUGGAACAUUUGGAAACCAAAAGCCUUCCGUCUCGUUCUCCUCCCAUUACUCCCAACUGGCGGAGCCCUAGAUUACGGCACGAAAUCCGAAAGCCACGUCACUCGUCUGCCGACAACCUCGCGAACGAAAUGACAUACAUCACCGAAACAGAAGACGUCUUUUAUACAUACAAGGGCUCUCCCUCUUCGAAGGACAGCGAUCCCGAAAUUUCCCAGAACCGCAGUCCUCCCACGCAGUCACCUGAACAAGAAUCGCCAAAGAAUCCGUCGGAAAACAGUACAGCACCGAAUUAUCUGACCCAGACGUCGUCCACGUCUCCGAAUGGAGUCAAGCAGGAGCCGGGCUGCUCACUGGAAGGGGUGGACCAGCGGUUUCUGGAAGCCUACCACCAUGUUACCACAGGGUGCUUGAGAGAGGACUCCAGUCAGUACUACUGUGACAAGAACGACCAGGGUGAUGGAAGUUUACUCUUGGUGCGCAUUAUGCCAGAUGAAGAAGGAAAAUUCGGAUUCAAUCUAAAGGGCGGCAUCGAUCAGAAAAUGCCUCUGGUUGUAUCAAGAAUAAGUCCCGAGUCACCUGCGGAUAAAUGCAUUCCCAAGCUGAUUGAGGGUGACCAAAUUGUGCUGAUCAAUGGUCGGGACAUCUCCGAGCACACCCACGAUCAAGUGGUGAUGUUUAUAAAAGCCAGCAGAGGGUCACACACCAGAGAGCUCGCCCUGUUGAUCAGGAGGAAAGUGGUCAAGUCAUUUGCCGCAGCCAAACCGGAAGACGAGACAGACGGUCAGCUUUUUCCGGAAGCCGAUGUCCCUUUGUGUUCGGAGGCGGGGGCCACGUUAGAGGAGUCUAUAGAGCAGUUGAAGAACGGUCUAGAGAGUGGGACUGUGCUGAUUCAGUUUGAGCAACUUUACCGAAAGAAGCCAGGAUUGGGGAUCACAUUUGCAAAACUCUCUCAAAAUAUGGACAAAAACAGAUAUAAAGAUGUGCUGCCUUAUGAUAGCACCCGGAUAGUGCUACGGGGAAACGAAGAUUACAUUAACGCUAACUACGUCAAUAUGGAGAUUCCAUCAGCCAGCAUUGUCAACAGAUACAUUGCCACCCAAGGGCCUCUGCCCCACACCUGUGCCCAUUUUUGGCAGGUAGUCUGGGAUCACAGAUUAUCGCUGAUCAUCAUGUUGACGACGCUUACGGAGCGAGGGCGGACCAAGUGUCACCAGUACUGGCCAGAUCCUCCCGACGUCUUGGAAUAUGGCAAUUUUCGCAUCAAGUGUCAGUCGGAGGACUGCACCAUCGCCUACGUUUUCCGGGAAAUGCUGGUCACAAAUAUCGAGACAGGGGAAGAGCACACGGUUACUCACCUCCAGUACGUGGCCUGGCCCGACCACGGAGUUCCUGACGAUUCCUCGGACUUCUUGGAAUUCGUGACCUGCAUGAGGCCAAAAAGGGUGGAGAAGGAGCCUGUCUUGGUCCACUGCAGCGCUGGAAUAGGCCGAACGGGCGUAUUGGUCACUAUGGAAACCGCUAUGUGUUUAAUCGAAAGGAAUCAACCUGUCUAUCCCCUGGACAUUGUUCGAAAGAUGCGAGACCAGAGAGCGAUGAUGGUGCAGACCUCAAGCCAGUACAAGUUUGUGUGUGAAGCUAUCCUUCGUGUUUACAAAGAUGGCUUGGGUCGACCUCUGGAUCCCAGUUAGUACGACUGUGAAAACAUUAACUUCUCUUUCUCAAGGAGAUGAGCUGGAAAGGCAAAGAACUGCAACUGGAAACAGCAAGAGCGAGCCCUAAGGGGUGUUCGGAAGAGAAUGAGCACAUUUGAGCUCCGGCACUUUAAAUUUCUGUAGAAAUUGAAUUGUGUAUAUAGGAAAUAUGUAGAUAUGUAUAUGUGUGUGUGCAGUUGUGUAUAGCAUCCAUUAUGCACAUAUAUAUGGACAGAAAUAAUCAAAGGAAUUGUAGAACAUAUCCUGAUCUUGUAAUGCCUUAAAAGACUUUUCCCUUUAGACAUUUCCUCUGCCCCUGUCUCCCCGAUCUGGCAGAAGACAAACCGGUUGAAUUGCUAAGUCCCCAGGGACGAAGGACCACUGGAUAUUUUGGAUAUAUCAGGCGUUCUCUGAGAGUAGAAUACCAAGGGCUAUACCUUCAGUUACCUCUGGGAAGAGCUGGGGAAAUCCAGAACUCACUCUUUAUACUCUUGUCUUGAAGUCUACCCACCUAAUCUUGCAACUGAACGUCCAGCCAGAUUGGUUUAGCUCGCUGCUGAAGUACCGUGGCCUAUUUCAUUAGCUCCCCUGUACCAUCGCUUGACUGGUUCGCGGCCAAUCUUAUCUGGGUAGUGGGGAAAUGGGGUUUCAAACACCCUCACCUGUCUUCAUUUCUUCCACUUGCCCUGGGUGAGACUUAAAAUGUGCCGACCAGAUUCUUCGUUUGGCUGAUGAAUUUAAAGCCCAGAAUCGGACGGUUAGUUUUCUCCAUUUUUUUUUUUUUUUUAAGUGUUUAUUCGUUCCAAGAAGUUGGUUGGGGCCAAGGAGGCUCAUGCCUGCUUGAUCAUCUGACUGUCUUACUUGUAUAUGCAAAACUGGUUUAAAUCCAGGACGGGGAAACAUCUACUACUGAAUCAACGAAAAUGUUUUGCUGCUAGUUCAAGCUGUUCAACUCGCAAGACUGUCGAAAUUGGUUUGGAGAUAAGCUAAAAGAUAGUCACUCUCUGACCCGUUUUCAAGACUUUCUGCAGGAAGGGUCAGUGGGUGAGAGCGUGUGCGUCUGUGUUUCGGGUUUCUCCACUCGCUUCAGAUUCAGUCGAGUUACAGACUUCUGUAUAUAAGCCAAAGGUGUGUGCUUUUAUCCAUUCUAAUAACGGUCUCAGUUUCAUUUCAAAGGGGAGAAUCAGACUAUUUGAACAGCAACACCACCAUUUUGGCAUUGUUUCCAAACCCCUUAUGCUCUUAGAUUGCCCUCCCUAAUUCUGCCGUAAAUAAUAUUUUGAUUAUAGUUUUUUAAUGUGUUCUAGACUCACAUAAAAAUUCUCCUUUUUCAGGAAAGGAGUUAGAAAAGCCAUCUGGGAGAUGAGGUGUAUUAGGCAGCAGUUUAUACCUUAUAAGAAAGGAAGCUAGCUAAUUAUUUCUUCAGAGAUGCACACCUCCUUUGGAGAAAAUGUGUACACGUUGGAUGAUUGUACUGCAAGGCACGUAGAGGCUGUUUCUUCUUAACAUCGUGCAAAUUCUGGACCAACUGAACGGUUUCCUCCGAGCUAGGGGACCGCUUGGAGGGUCGGUGCUGAAGCCAGAUGUUUAGCGAUGUUUCAGCUGCUCCUUCGCAACCCGGCUCUUCGAGGCAGGUGGUUGAGGAGGGGGGCGAGAAUGUUUCAAGAUGGCAGGAUCACCAUCAGGCAGGACUUCACCCGGGGCUGGGGCCCGGGAACAGUCAGUUUCUCCCGUUUACACGACCCCCAUAAAGGUCAGAGUAGGGGGGGACGGGGGCGUUUAUAUCAGAUGAGGUUUCUAGAGGUCUAAGAGAUGCGAUGGAGUGGAAGGAGUUGGAAGGGCUGGGGUACUGCUGGAUUUUUACCUCGCACCAUGUCAAGUUAUGGCGUUCCCAAGAAGCGUUAGUUAGCCGAGGGGCAGGCAGGGGGUAGAACUAACCGGAUGCUGGUCGAUGCUCUGAUGGUACUUCUCUACCCUGCCGGUUCUAGGUGAGAAGCUGGAAAUCACUAAAAUAACUGGCAUGGUGACAGGGAGAGACGUAUAUCUGGAAAUCGAGCGCGCCGCUAGAUAUAAAGGAUGGUAGAGAGUCUUUUAUUGGCUCUGUUUUGACUGACCUUCUUAUUGAUCAUUUUUCAAUUGAGUUUGCUUCUUGGUAGAUAGUAACAAUUUGAGAGUUGAGAGGCUUCUUGAGGUAAAGUUAUGUAACUUGUAGAGAAACAAACCGAACUUCAUAGGCUAAAGCUGGACCGUGCACUCCCCAGAUUACUUCUGAGACCCUGGAUGCCAUUAACAGAGAAAGUGGCAUUCCCCGAAUGCACUUGUUUUUGUUUUUACACAGUGCCAUCAACCUGAGUACUGUAGUCUCUUCAGGAAAGACUCCUUUAAAAUAGAGUUCAUUUGCAGCUCACAGGGAAGAUGGGGAAGUUCAGGACUUUGUGAAACACUGUAGCAGCAGAGAAUGAGAGAGAGAUCUCGCAUGAAUGUAGACUCACUAAAUCAACCCUGUGGAUGUAUGAGGGGAAAGGCUUGUAACUAAAAGCUUUGGGCUGAGUUAAAGGUUGCUGACCAGGGUGUUGAGUUGCAAUAUAUUUUAGUGAAAAUGUGGAUGGUUCUUACCAUGCACGUUUCGAUUGCAGAAUUAAAGUAGAAGUGACCAGGCCGUUGUGGCAGGGGGAUGGAAUUUCCAUUAUAAAGUUUUCUUAUUUUAUUAGAAAAGUGUUUGGCAGAGGGACCUCUUGCGUCAAAGACCACCAUUCCACGGGACGGAUAGGUCGAAGCUCCGAUUUAUUUGUAACGAUACCUGUCCCGGGACGGUCUGACCGAGGAAAGAAAUUUCUCUUUGUCAAAUAAACUUAUCGAAGAAAACCAGAGCUUUAGUUUAACGGAAGGCCAGAGGGGAUUGGGCUCUCACUGAACUCGAUUCUCCCGUUUGGGGAAGGGUUAAUCCCCUCUGGAGUCCCUGCGGUGAUUGACGAUUGGGGGAGAGGCUAAGGAAGGAGGUUGCCAUUUUGAAUUUCCCGAAUUAGUCCCCCACUCCUAGAUAGGAAGAGGGAAGCCAGAAACAAGUGCCAAAUUGGCUAAUUCUUUUGACUGGUUCCAAGACAAAAGGAAACCCCUCCCAGGGUUCUGGGCCCUCUAUUUUGUUUGAUUGGUUCCUUCUUUUCAAGCACAAGAAAAUGAAUGCAUCAAGAGACUAACCUUCAGAAAUGACCGGAAGGUUGUCAUUUAUUUCACUGGUUUCCCUACAACUUGGGCCGAGAUGGAAACUCGAAAUGUUCUGGCUCCCUCCUCCGUGUCUCCCUCAAGGCCUAAAUUGUUCAAACGAUUUCUUCUCGCUGCCCUACGCUACACCUGUUCAAACAUGAAAGUGAGCUGCAAUCUGCAUUAGGAUGAGACUCAACUGCUUAAGUGGGUCGGAUCCAAAUUCUGAAGUUGGCGUGACCCAGAUUCCCAGAUUUUCUUUCCACGUAUCGGUUCUCAAGGUGAAUUUCUGAACUUCCGCCACAGAACGUCGGGCGAGAGGGAAAGCAGAGGGUUUUUAAUCCAGAGCUUUAUGAUCCCUUUGAGGAUGCAAACGUACUUACAGGGAGUCAGGGCUUGGUCUCGGCACACAAGAUCGGGGUUUUCGGAAGGAGGAGUGUCGGGGCAGAUGUCCGCUCUAAUUGCUCCCUGGAUAUAUUUUUACAAUUUGGAGGAGUUUCGGGGUCUUCCAAAAGCAGACCUAAAGUCGGGUGAACUGCAGAUGCCAAUCUGGGCUCGUUCUGUUACUCGUUGUAAACAUCAUGGCUGCCGCUCUGGAGAUUUUUUCACUGACAAUGCAAAAAAAAAUGAGUAUAACAGGAACAGUUUCUAGGGUGGGGGAAAAGAUCAUUUUGUAUUCCUGAAGCCUGUCUUUUAAAUCAUCCGAUUGUAAAUUGAUGUUAAUAUUUCAGAGCUUAAUUUAUUUAAAAUGUAGACACAUUUCUUCCUCAAAUGAAUGUAACAGUUUCCUUUUUUUUUAUUUUUGUAGGAUCGGAUGUCGGUUCAAUGAUGUUAUCAAUAUAAUUUCCUCGGUAAUGGAACUGCUUUGAGUACGAUUGACUCUUUCUUUGUGUCCCCGUUCGCAUUUGUUGAUUAAUGUCUGUGGGUUAAAUAAAACAUUCUUUUUUGGUAUA